AUGCGAGAGGGGUACGAUGGCGACGACAUAUACAUCAUGGUGGAAGACGAGUUUCAAACCAUUGCUCAAACUUAUACCGCCCAUCUACAUCAUGCCGAGUACAAGAGACUAGUCAAGCAAGCACGUGAAGCGGCGCCAAAAGCUCUACCCGAACCAACCUCGCCUAUGUCGAAGGAGGCAAAGAAUCGACUCCAGAAGCUGGCGUUGCAGAAGAGGCAAAAGGAGACACUGCAGCAGGUAAUGGGGCCGACAUCUACAGAGGCAGAGGAGGAAGAGGUAGAGGAAGAAGAAGACAAAGUGAUCGAUUUGUGGUCUGGCACACGUCUUGCUCCGCUCAUGGCAAGCGGUGGCCUGCAGAAGACUUCCUUGAUUGGCCUGGAGAGGAUGUCGAGCAAGACCAAGGCCGGGAUGGGCUUUACCAGGAUCCAAAGUGGCGGUCAUUCUAUCAAGGAUGAGGCAGACGAGGACGAGGGGGAUCAGACCAGAAAUGGGAGUGAGAGCAAGACUGGCCAUGCUCAGUCGACUUCUCACGUCCUGAGCAGUGAAACCUCUGGAAGUGCACGUAGCCUGGCUAUUCACCGAAGAACUGGGGAGUCUUCCAAAGAGCAUCCUUCAGCCUCUUCGUCCGGACAGGACGGCGAACCCGUUCUCUCUGAGAAUGGGAGGGACGAGUUUAGGCCACGCAGGCUGCGGCCGACAACACGACCAAACCAGAAUGGAUUCUUGAAGCGCAAGUCGGUGGAGCAAGACAAGCAGUCACGGCUGGAAGAAGUGCCGAUGUUCAUAAUCUGA